UGUUUACAAAGUCAUGACGUGUUAGAGACGGUGGUACCUGUUUGUUCGGCAGAUCUGCAUCCAGGUCGAACUCCCCGGUCCCGUCCUCAAAUGUUACUUUCCUCUUCGGCAUGGUGCUGCGGAAGGCAAAGCAGUAUCUCCUUUAUUACAAGAAGGGUGCUGUGGUGAGUGGUUUUAAUGCACAUUUAUAGAUUGGCUUGUUGCAACGUAGUAAAUACGCGCCGUUACAACAGCACGCAGGUUAGCUUUAGUGCUAAAAAUGUUAGCCAAAAGCGGCGGACGCACAGGUAAAGAGGAGCGGGCAUUGGGAAUUUAGUCAGGGUUAAUACUUCGUUUACUACAAUAAUGAAAGCUGUUCAUCCCACUAGUGUCAAAUAACGUCCAUAUGGCAGAAUAUUAAUGCUCAUGUUGAAAAUGUGGCAAACCUGGUGCAAGUAAUUCAAGCGACGUUCGCGUACGUCUCUUCUUCGUUGGUUUUCUUCUUCACGUCCAUUAUUUGUUUGGUGGGCGGUAUUGCAUUAUACGACAGCAUACCGCCAUCAUUUGGUUAGGAAGACUAACGUGAACUUGUUUGCUGCGUAAGUUUUAGACACACUUAAAAAAAAUGACACCCUAGAGACUUUGCAUUACUAAAACACCAAAGUUUUACUCAAAAUAAAUGGCAUUAAAAACGACUUUCGCACUUGAUUUAAACCCUCAAGACGUGGCACGCUUGUGUCAUAAAUGCCUCUUUAUCCGUUCAGCUCGAUCCCCUUGAUUUGGGAUUCUUCAGAGUCCCAAGAAAUUCAAUGGAAAAGUCAUAAAUAGGGACAACAUUAAGGGAACUACAUAAUCAAGUGGCCAUUUUGUCUGUCUUCACGUCUUGGUGAUAUUUAUCAACAUUCAGAGGGAAAUGCUGCAAGACAGCACAGAAGAUCAUUUGAAAUAAACUAAUCAUCACAAAAAAUAAGCUGUGCACCUCUUUAAAGAAUCAGCUUGAAAUAAACUACCAGACUCAAGUUUUAAAGAGCACCUGAAAUUUAAAAAAGUAACAUAAAAAGCAGAAGUGAGAGUCCUGAGGCAAAUACAUCAGUCCUAAAACUCCACUUCAACAUCCAGCAUCUCGUUUCCAGGUAGCAGCUCUUGUCAGAGGUACAUUUCCAUUGCUGGUUUUGGUCAAUCCAGCAGCAUAGAGGAGGGAGAAUAUAAUGUGUCAGGAUUUUGUUACCAGGAAGUGGGUCGAGUUAUUUAUAUUUCAACACUCGUCCUCUUGUACCCGUGGGAGACUGGUGUUAGUAACCUGAAACUAUACCUUUAAACAUUGUCUGCUUCUGGAUGCAUCUGAAAGCGACUGGCAGAAAACAAUUGGCUUCAUGUUUGAGAACGCUGAAAAACAGGAGAAAUAUCUGUAAAUGUAAAUAAUGUAAAGACUGUGUGGGAGACUGAAGUGACCCUGUGGGCCAGUCAGCAUUGGCAGAGGUAAGUCUGAGUCACUAUUUUCUAUUCUGUUCUGCCACUACUGUCUGAGUCAAUGUACAGCAACCCAAAUGUCUAUCUAUCUAUCUAUCUAUCUAUCUAUCUAUCUAUCUAUCUAUCUAUCUAUCUAUCUAUCUAUCUAUCUAAACUAAUGCUCAACACGGGUAAAAAUGUAGUAAUUUUGUGAAGUGUAUUUGAAAUUGUUUUUCUGUAUGAUUUAAGUCAUUUUUAAAAAUAUAAAAAUACUUUUGCAUUGUGUCCUGGUUCUGUGGUUAAUGCUAAAACUACUAAUACUCAAAGAAAGUCAAUUGAGGGCACUAUAAAAUUACUUGAUAAAAAGGACCAUAAAUGAAAUGUAAAAGGUGACUAUAUUCAUAAAAAGUAUAUUCAAAUGAGUGAAAUGUCUUCCGACUUCAGUAGAAGAGUAUCGGUGUCGGCUAAUUAGGGCAUAAAGCUCCUGUGAGGAUUUUUUGAUGUUCGUGAAAUCAGCCGAUAUGUAUACUGAUGCCUCUUCAUGAUAUUCAAAAGCAAACAGGACUAUCAGAGACAAGAUAAAUAAUGUCAAUACUGUAAUUUUUAAUGCUUGAAAUGGGUGUGAGAUGGUUGGUGUUGGCCAAGUAGAUGAAGAAACAGCCUCUAUUAGCUUUGAAGAGUAAAGACACUUCUCUUUCUUUAGGUGUUGUGAUGAAGCUCCAUGAGAAGAUUUUGAUGCAUUACCUUUCAUGCACCUCUCCUGUAGAUAAAGAGGGAUAUCUCUACAAAAAGGUUUGAAAAACUAAAAGUAUUUACACAAAAUUGAAUAAUACACAACAAAUGGUUUCCUGGUGAUGAAAUCCUGCUUUAUCUGAACAUAUAUCCGUCCAUAGAAAGAGAGAACUGCUACCUACCAUCGGCGCUGGUUUGUGCUGAAAGCAAACCUGCUUUUCUACCAGGAGCGCCCUGCUGACAGACACCUCCUGGGUGUCAUUGUUCUGGAGGGGUGUUCAGUGAGGCGUUCAGAGUCCGAUGGACAGUUUGCCUUCUCUCUGGUGUUUGAAGGACCUGGUUUGAGGACAUACAGAUUUUCUGCGGGGGAUUAUCAGACUUUGGAGAGCUGGCUGAAAGCUUUGCUCUCAGCCAGCCACUGUUACCUCUCUUCACUGCUGACAGACUUGCAGAGACAAUAUGAAGGUAAGACAGAUUGAAGGUUAUGGACUGAUGAGCCUGGUAAUAACAUUUGUCUUUCACAGCUUAGUUUUACUCUUCCUUGGGUAUUGAAAAUCCCCCUCUGCUCCAAAUUCUCAUUUGAACUUUUUCAGUAUUACCAUCUUCAUUUCAUUGUGGUCAUUGUGUCUUGCAAUUUGUCAAAUUUGAGAUAUAUUUUCAGAUAGUGUUUUUCAAGAGGAACCAAAUAAUAAUUUGCAAUUUAUUAUGAGUGUUAGUUUUUUGUUUUCUUCUCGUCUUCAUUCUGCAGAGGCUAAACAGCAACAACGCUCAGGUGAACUCCAUCACAGCUCCUCUGUUGGCACUUUCAAACAGUCCCAGUUCUUCCUCCCUGUGCAGGGCUCAUCAGCUGUGGUCAGAGAAGGGAGAAGCCUCAGCACUGGCCCAGUUUUAAACGCACCCUUGGGAUCCUCUAAAGUGGUAACUAAAAAGUCCCCUAAACUUUGGCACAGGAGAAAUGCUCAUGUCACACCACUCAAUGGACCUGCACCCUUGUAUGGAGAGUGGCCUUUGGUGGGCUUUGAUCCCCUGGAGGAGUUCAGCAAACUUCACGAUUAUUACGGACAGGAGGUGAAGAGGACAAGAGAGGAAUGGCUCAGGAGUCGACAAGCAGAAGAGGAACGCAGUGGAGGAGAUCUCAUCAACCUGGGGUGAAAGAAAGCAAAAAUAGACGGCCCAGAAGCACUUUAAGAGGAAGUGAGAAGGAGUGGUUCACUUGAGCAAAAAAGGAACAGAACCAAAUGUGUUGUGAACUUCAUUGUUACUAUGGGAACAUAUCACAACAAAGACAUCUGUUAAUGUGCUAAAUGCUUUAAAUUAUGUGCUGGAAUAAUUUUUAUCUUACAUUUAACAUAGGGAUGUAUUUUCCUGGGCUGUAGUGGCCUUCAAGUGUCCAGGGGAUGAAAUGGGAUGCUAUAGGAUUUCUACCUUUUGGACAGUAACAGUGUUCUGAGUGGUUUUUUUUUUGUUUUUUUUUUACAGCAUUUGAUGAAGUUAUCUACAAUAUUAUAUAAACAGUGUUUUUUUUAAUUCACUUUAAUACUAGUCCCAGUAAACUGUGAUUGUAUUAAAGUUAGCCAGCAUGUGAUUACCCAGAAACUAAAGCCGCUUAAUGGAAUCAAGCCAUAUUUAGAGCUUCUUUGGGGGGUCUAUUUGAUGCGAAUGAAGGACUUAAAGUCAUAUUGUUGCCUUUUUGAUUUUUGAUGCCUGUACUGAGUGCGAAGGGGUUAGAUGUUAACUGAGGAGCUGAAGAGACAGCCCUGUUUUUUAUUGUCUGCACAAAGUUUUCAUAAUAAAUAAUACAAGCAACUGUCAAAAGUCAGCAGGAUGAGAUUUUUGUCAGAUGAGACUACCUACAAAUGUGGAUCACAACAAACACAAAGACUGCUUUGUCUAUGGGGGGAACCAAGACUGAGACAAACUACAAGUUUAAUGUCGUUAUUCUCAUGCUUUUUCUACUCGGCAUGGCAACAUUUCUUCCUCCUUUACUCCUUUACAUUGCUUAGUCCUAUAUAAACAUUGAAUUGAAUAAGCAUGAACAUUUCCUGCAGCUACUCAUAUGUAGUGCAAUUCAUUUCCUUGCAGGCAUGGAAAGGCUUUACAGAGCAGUAUUAUCAAACUUGCCUCAAAGUUUAAAUAAAAGCUUGUUUCGAAUAUAUACUGUAUAUUGAAACAGUUCCAAAUCCACUUUUUUAUUGACAUAUUGUACUGAUACCCAUCUCAUAACUAGUAUACUGGUAUUAAUGAUGUUUGUUGUAAAAAUAAGCACAAAUUAUAUUAUAUUUUUGAUGCAUGUAUGAUAUGCCGUUAUUGACUUAAAUGAGUCAAAGUGAAUUUGUUAAAAUAUACAACCAACAGCACAAAUAAAUAAACAUGACUGAAUGUCUCUGUUGUGGAUUUAAAAA